GCGCCUCUUCUCCUCCCCCUUCCGUUUAAAUAACAUUGGGGAAUUGUUAACAAUUUGUUCUUAGGGGCGGGUGGAGAGGAAUUGUGGUUCUGAGGAUCAGAGGGAUUCAGUGUGGUGUAAAGGAAUUCAUUAGCCAUGGAUGUAUUCAUGAAAGGACUUUCAAAGGCCAAGGAGGGAGUCGUGGCUGCAGCUGAAAAAACCAAACAGGGUGUGGCAGAAGCGGCAGGAAAGACAAAAGAGGGUGUUCUCUAUGUAGGCUCCAAAACCAAGGAAGGAGUGGUUCAUGGUGUGACAACAGUGGCUGAGAAGACCAAAGAGCAAGUGACAAAUGUUGGUGAGGCGGUGGUGACAGGGGUGACAGCAGUCGCACAAAAGACAGUGGAGGGAGCAGGGAGCAUCGCAGCUGCCACUGGCUUUGGCAAAAAGGAUCAAUUGGGCAAGAAUGAAGAAGGAGGCCCACAGGAAGGAAUUCUGGGAGAUAUGCCUGUUGAUCCUGACAAUGAGGCAUAUGAAAUGCCUUCUGAGGAAGGGUAUCAAGACUAUGAACCUGAAGCAUAAGAAAUACUUUUGCUCCCAGUUUCUUGAGAUCUACUGAGCGAUGUUCCAUCCUGUGCAAGUACUCAGUUCCAACGUGCCCAGUCAUGACAUUUUCUCAAAGUUUUUACAGUGUAUUUUAAACUCUUCCAUCAGCAGUGAUUGAAAUUAUCUGUACCUGCCCUUGCUCAGCAUUUCAGUGCUUCCCUCUCACUGAAGUGAAUAAAUGGUAGCAGGGUCUUUGUGUGCUGUGUGGAUAUUGUGGCUUCAAAUCUAAAAUGUUAAAUUAAAACACCUAAGUGACUACCACUUAUUUCUAAAUCUUCACUAUUUUUUUGUUGCUGUUCUUGAGAAGUUGCAAUUUAUUAUCAUAUAUUAUAAGAUUUCUAGGUGUCUUCUAAUGAUUCUGUCUAAAGAUGAUGUAUUGUGAAAUUUGUUAAUAUAUACAAUACUUAAAAACAUGUGAGCAUGAAACUAUGCACCUAUAAAUAUUAACUAUGAAAUUUUA